UGCAACGCCUGCAACUCGUAUUGUAAUACGGACUUAACGUUUUAAUUUUAACCUAUUUACUGUUAAUCGUACUUUUCAAGUAAAAUUUUUAUAAAACAAAGAUAUCAUGAUUAAGUAAUGUUUGUAUAAGUGAAGGCUGCGUAAUGCAGUAAUCUGCAUUAAUAAAAGCAAUGCAUUUAGCAUUGCAUAUAGUGUCGCAACUGUGUAUUUUACAUCAAUUGAAAAUGAUGGAUGCCGUUUCCGUGCACUAUCGCGCAAUAAAUUUAUAGAAUGGCAAUGAAAGAGAAUAGGAUCGAGUUUGUCACGGAUCCUUGCCCUAUCAAAUCUCGUAAAAUUGACCCACAAAAUGUAGUCGUACGUCUUAGACGUAGGGAAACGAUGGGCUGUCCUUUUCCAGGCACACAUGUACAUAGUGCAAGACAAUUCUAUCAAAACGUAUUUCCUAACUUUACUGUGAUGAAUGUGGAGAAACCACCGUGUUUUCUCCGCAAAUUUAGUCCGGAUGGAAAGUACUUAAUAGCGUUCAGUGCAGAUCAAACAUCUAUCGAAGUAUAUGAAUAUUGUGGAGCUUCAGCCGCUGCGGAUUUGUUAGCUGAUUGUGAAGGCGAAUAUAUCGGACAUAAGAACGAUGAUUGCAAUUUUCACAUACGAAGUAAUAUCUUCUCACGAUUUUUCAAGGUAAAAUGGAUUAUAAAUGUCGUACAAAGCAACCAGCAAUUGAACAGAGAAUGCAGUCUUUUCACAGACGAUGCUCGGUAUGUGAUUGUAGGCUCAGCUGCUCAUAUUCCUGAUGAAUUAAGGCCACACUUUUAUCAGAUUUAUUCCAAUAAUGAAGCAUUAACGCCGAAUCCUAGAUCUCCGCUUGAGGAUUAUAGCUUACAUCUUGUCGAUUUACGAGGAGGAAAAUUAUGUGAUACUAGACAUUUUAAAGUGGACAAAAUUUAUUUAUCACAUAAUCAAGGUCUUUAUUUAUACAAAGAUAUAUUAGCCGUUUUAUCUGUACAGCAUCAAACUAUACAUAUUUUUCAAAUUCUUGAUGGCAUGUUUAUAAAUGUGCGGACAAUAGGAAGGUUUUGUAUGGAAGAUGACGCGUAUUUAGUUACAAGUGCUUUUCCUGGGAUUAAUUCCAGACCCUUUAAAGACAUUGCAAUAAAUAGCCUAAAACAUAGAUUGUUAGUAUAUUUAUAUAAAAGAGCGGAAUACAUAAGUGAAGUGACAACGGAUCCAUAUGAAUUAAGAAGAUUUUACCAAUAUUUUGACCAGCUAAGCUCGCUGCGAAUGUGGAAGAUGCAAUUACUAGAUACAAAUCAUAUUCUGGUGAGAUAUGCAAGUGAAGAAGUAGCAACUUUGCAAGCAAACGAACCAAACGCUCAGCCAGCAUUAUUAGUAGUUUACAAUAUGGUUACAGCCAAAAUUUUAGCUGCAUACGAUAAUGCAUCGACUCAAUUGUUAACCCACUUUGAAAAUUUUAGCGAUUUUUUCAGAAAUGCCAGAAUGAGUACAGAUUGUCAAUAUAUGUGUUCACCAUCCAACAAUAUUUAUGCCAGAUUGCAGCAACAAAGAUUCAAACAAACAAUAAUAAGCGCUAGAUACGGAGGCAUUACUGAAGCAACGAAAAGAUUACUCGCUCAAUUACCCAUAUGCGCUCAAUCUUAUUCUAGUUCUCCGUAUCUCGAUUUAUCAUUAUUUUGUUAUGAUGAUAAAUGGGUGUCUAUGAUGGAACGCCCGAAAGCAUGCGGAGAACAUCCAAUACGAUUUUACGCACGCGACUCCGGUCUGUUAAAAUUUAAAAUGUAUGCUGGCAUGUCAGGACGAACAAUACCAACGGCUGCAAGACGAUUGGUCGCUUUCACUUUCCAUCCGACAGAUCCAUUCGCGAUUUCGGUACAACGUACUAAUGCAGAAUAUAUUGUUAGUUUUCAUGUUAGAUGCGUGUAACCUUGUUUCCAACACAUAUCUUGAUAAUGUACAAUUAGAUUUUUUACAUUUGACAAAAAUUGUUGAGAUUGCUGCCGUUAAAGUACAAAACAAACCUUGUAUUUUGUAUAAUAAUACGUUAAGAGCUGAAUCAGAUUUAAAGACUCAUUAACUAUUAGCAUAUAAGGCAUAAUGUAAUGUAAUUUAAUGUAGUUUUAAUACUUGAAAAUCGAGAAUAAUUUUAAAAUUAAGGCCCCGCGCACGAUAAAGAAAAUAUUAGGAAGAGCAAUUUGAAAUUAUUUUGCUUUAAACAAGGGAUUAAAAUGGAUGAAUUUUUCCUAAUUUAUGAUGCAUUAAAUGAAAUGAUUACAAUUUCCUAUUCCUAAUACUUUAUUAUGCGUUAGGCCUAAUAAAAAAUGAGAAAUGUUUUGUAAAAUAUGUAAUAUUAUUUUUAUAAUCAUAUCGAAUUGUCGCCCAUAAAGUGCAUUACUGUGGAUACCUUGUAUAGCAGAAAGAUGUGUCAUACAAUUAAACAUCUCUUCUUGAAACAAAGUAA